CGACAGUAGUUAGUUAAGUUUUUUAUUGGGCCCUUCACCCGUUCCCGUAAGUUUUCAAUUUCACUUCACCAAAGCAGAGCGAUCGUUGCAAGAGUUGUUGAAAUAGCCUUAGCCUCGAUGUAGUUUCUCCAGCCCCGUACCUCCUAAGAUAUCCUCAAAGAACAAAUGACGAAUAAUUCAUCACCAAGCGUGACGGCGCGUUUGAUUACGCAGGUUUUCGCGACACAAGAGCAGGAUGCUCCAAUUUCGGCCCCGCUGACAAAGAAGAGGCGGAUAAGUGCAGCUCCCGUGGCUGAUGUUCAUGAAGGGACAAGCGACGUGGUACCCGUACGUAAGUCAUCACCAAAUAUCAAACCGUCGCAAGAAGUAAAAGAGCCGGCCGCUGAGACAAGGAAGCAAGACGCUUUCGUCUUCCUUACGGAAGAAGAGGUCAGAGAACUCGAGCAAGACAUUCACUAUCAAUCCUACGACAUCUCCUGUGCGGGCCAUGCCUUGUCCUCCUUCCACACGGAGGCGCAAAGGGCGCGCCUCUUGCAAGCCCUGCUGGAGGAAGGACAUCAAAAGGCGGGUUCGAGCCAUGCGGUUGCGCCAUCUUCAAGCAGCACCGCACCUACCCCACAUCAACCCGCCGGCGCGAAGAAGCUCGCGGACAUCAAGGGCCUUCUCAACAAAGAAAAGACGAAGAUCAACCGAUAUCAGCUGAAUAUGACGAAGGACGAAAGGUUGGCGACCUUUUUACUACAUAGUGAUAGUACCGGCAAAACAUCAAAUGAAGACAGAAACAGGGAGCUGGUGCUAAAUCCGAAGACGAAAGAGAUCGACUUUUUGCUGGUGUUGAAAAACUGGGACAAGAUCUUUUUCGCGAAAAGAACCACUGAAGACCUUUCGCAACUGAAGGAAAGGGUGACCAUGGACGUGUUUUACGCAAAACUGACCGACGCGGUCUACUUGAUGCACUUCAAAAAGCAGCUGGUGAACGAGCUGAAUCUGAAGCGGUUUUCAAACGCGGCGUUGAAAUUGACCGAGGUGCUGGUGAAGGAGGACCUCAUCGUUGCCAGUUCUGGUCGUGCAGCAGCAGCUGCCACGAGCCUCCAAGCGGACGUAGAUCAUGCCGAACCACCUUGCAAGAGCACUAGUUCAUCUUUCCGCCACUUCGCGAACGCAGAACUGCCGGGGAGCUUUCUCUGUGCCGUCAACUGCCGGCUCAGGUUGCUCAACAGUUUUUGUGCAAAUCAGAAUGAUGUUGGGAAGAAAGAUGGGCAAGUCACCCACCAUUACGACCACUACUCCUGGGUGGGGAACAGCCUCUUACUAUCGUAAGGAAAAAUGCCCCCUCCCCAUAUUGAAAAGGUAUGUUUCCGAAAAUUUGUGUUGCUGAUUUAGGGUCACAGAUCACAUUUAUCUUGCAAGCAGCCAAGGGCAGAAGCUUCCGCCCCAUUCUGGAAGCGAUUUGUCAUGCUGUUGGGCCCAAAGGGGAGCCGUUUGCCAUGCUGAGCAACUAGACCCAUACGCCCCGACCUCGCCUGGGGAUCUGGCCGCCAUGCCUCUCUGCAAUACAGAGCUGAUCUGUGUACGCAAAUCAGCAUCAGAAGUUUUCACUUUGAUAUGGGGAGGGGGGAUUUUUCAUUUUGAUACUUACCGGGCGACAUGGGACCGAACUCGCCCGGGUUGCCGGACUACUGGGGCUACUACGAGCGGUUCCCGGACAAGUGGCUCAUGCGGGAGUCCUUUUUCAAGCAGUGCGAGCGGCUGCUGCAGCAAACCAGGCUGGUGGUGGAGGUCAAUCUGAUAAAUGCAACCAGUACAACUACUUCAACGGGGAAAGAAGGAAGAAGUGCAGCAGAUUCUCCACCCGCGCCAGGCGUCGUGCCUGUUGUACCACCUGCAGCAAAAACGAAGGAACAAGAUUACACAAGAAAGGUGUUCCGGCUGCGCGACGAGAAGGGCCUGAGACAGGUGAUAGAGCAGCAGAAAUCGUUGGUAAACACGGUCAACGAGAAGGAAUUAUACCCGGAGUUCGCGACACACGUGGAAACGGUCACGCUGGCUGCAGCUGGCAGUCGUGGCCCGACCUAUAAUACAACUGAAGACGCAUCUUCAACCACUCAUUCCACCGCCGUGCAGCUGCGACUGGUGGUGAGAAAAACAGCAGCACACCAGAGAUUCGUGUUCCUGCACGCGGAGAUUAAGGACAUGUUUGCGAACGUGGGUGUGGUUGCGGGAUUCGAGGAACAGGAAGGAGACAGCGUCAACCAGCUCGAGGAGCAAGAUCCAGUGUCUGAACCCCAGGCAGCUGAAGACAAGACCACAAGAAGAACUGAGCUGGUCGUGACUUUGGUCCCCCUGCUACAAGAACCCACAUCGCAGAACCAGAAGGCGGAGAGCGGUACAACUUCUACGGGAGCUACGAGAAGAACCGAAAAACACGGAGAUGUUGGCUUCGACAUUGUAGUCCCGCAGGAACAUCAACAAGACAUGAACGGCGACAUUUGCGACAGACAAAACUUGCGAUUCAUCGAAGACUUUUUCCGGUCGAACAAACAGCACUUGUACACGAGCGACGCGGGGAUCGGCCUCGAUGUGGACGAGUACGCCGAACAGGAGUGUGUGGAGAUGAAACUGAAGCUCGCCGAAGUCGUGUGCGGUCUGCUCUCCCUCGCGCCCGGCGGACACUUAUGCAUUGCAACUAUGUCUGGGUCUGGAAGGAUGCGAACUUGUGAUGCGCAUUUCGCAACACGCACAAAGCUCUCAUGCAGAGGCAGCAAAAGCUGCCCAUUUCCUGUCACCAAAGUAAGGGAUUUGUCAUGCGGAUUAGGCAAUGCGAAAGAUUCUCGAAAUCUAUCGUGCCAAGGCUUCCAUGCCAGACCUUCUGUGUCAUGCAAAAACAGCAUGACCUCUUCCAGACCCAGACAUAUUUGCAUUUGAUAACACUUCUGCAUCAAGAUGUACACGUUUUUCGAGCCCUUCACGCUGCAGGUUUUGCUCCUCCUCGGUUUGUUCUUCGAGGAGCUGAAAAUCACGAAACCCAUGGCCUCAAAGCCCACCAACUCGGAGGUUUACUUGGUCGGAAGGGGAUUCAAGGGCGAAAGAGAAGUAGACGCAAAGAACGGCAUAAUUACAACUGAUUCGAAGUUGCGGCAAAAGGUGUUAGAGCUCUUUCUCGCACGCAUGGACGAAGUUGCUUCCGAUGGGACGCCGAGUCAUGGCAAAAAAGACGUCUUUGACGACUCGGAUUUUUUUCCCCACGACCUAAUAGAGGAAAAGGACCUGGAUUUCGUCGCGGGCAUUGCGGACAAAAUCUACCUGCGGCAAGCACUGUGGAUCAAUCGGAAUCUGUUCUACAUGCAGAAACACUACAAGAUGAACCCGGCAGGAAGCAACAUGAACAAAAAGCCUAUGACCCUGCAGGAUAUUCACAAGACAACCAGACGGGUGCAGGAACGGCUCAAACCGACGGUGAGUGGUUAUUUCAAGCGCUUCGUCGCCGAGUAUGAGUUUCACCGAAAACUGACAGACGAAGAGAAUGAGGUGGUGUUUUAGUGAUGUGGAUCGCGAGCUUUCUAUCACUGACUGUUAUAUGACCCACGGACAUCAUUAUCAGCGACCACGUUUUAGUUGUUACCCGCGCAAGUAGGUCGGCCCCAUCGUCAUUUUCGCACCCAUUGAAAACGCGAAAGCGAUAGCGAAUGAAGAUAGCAACAGCGGUGCUUGCCAUGAGCAGCAAAUCAGUACUUCCUUUGUACCGAGCCCUUGUUGUGCGUUGAUUAGGCACAACGAAGAAAGUC